ACAACCUUAUUCUCAUCUUAUAUUCCAUGGCAAAGGAUCGAAGUUAUGUAUUUAGCUUUCAAAAAUGUUGUUACGUUGUCACCAUUUCUUCCAUUUGCUCUAUCAUCUUAUUCCUUUCUUGGACUCAUUGUUGUAGCCAAUGCUAUCCACCUUUUCCUUACCAAACAACACUACAAAAUCAAAAUCAAUUAAUUAAUCUCCUUUCAUAUCCUUUAGCAUGGAACAAUCUAAUCUUUCCAUCAAACCCACCUCCAAAAUUGCUUAAGAUUGCACUUUUUGUCAAGAAAUGGCCACAAAGAUCUCAUGCAGGUGGACUUGAACGCCAUGCUUUAACACUUCAUCUUGCCCUUGCCAAAAGAGGCCAUGAACUUCAUAUAUUCACCACUUCAACAACCCCCACUUUCUCAAACCAUUCAAUCAUUGACGAUUUACAUUUUCACUUCUCGAAACCAUCACCUGCUGGUUACCUUGACCAAGCCAUAGUUUGGGAGCAAUUUCAACUACAAAACUCAACCAUUAGACCAUUUGACAUUGUUCACACCGAAAGUGUUGGCCUUAGGUACACACGAUCUCGAUAUGUCACGAAUUUAGCUGUCACAUGGCAUGGAAUUGCAUACGAGACUAUUCACUCCGACAUCAUUCAAGAACUUCUAAGACCUCCCCAAGAAUCACAAACAAAUGCAAUGAAAGAAAGAACAAUAAAAGUUGUUGAAGAGAUCAAGUUCUUCACAAAUUACGCUCAUCAUGUCGCGACAAGUGAUCAUGCCGGUGAUAUCCUAAAGCGGGUCUACAUGAUUCCAGAAGAAAGGGUUCAUAUUAUUCUCAACGGUGUUGAUCAACAAGUUUUCAAGCCAGAUAUUUCCAAAGGAAAUGAAUUCAAGAAAAAACAUGGAGUUCCAGAUUCUAAGUCAUUGGUGAUAGGACUAGCAGGGAGGUUAGUAAAAGACAAGGGACACCCUUUGAUGUUUGAAGCCUUAAAGCAAAUAAUUGAAGAAAACAACACUUUUAUAGAGAAUAGUAUGAUUCUAGUAGCUGGAGAUGGACCUUGGGCUGCAAGAUACAGAGAACUUGGUUCAAAUGUAUUGGUUUUAGGACCCCUUGAACAAGGUGGCCUUGCUUCAUUCUAUAAUGCUAUUGAUAUUUUUGUAAACCCUACUUUAAGAGCACAAGGUUUGGAUCACACUCUUCUAGAAGCUAUAUUAAGUGGUAAGCCAGUAAUGGCUACUAAACUUGCAAGCAUUGUAGGGUCUGUAAUUGUUGGCAAUGAAAUGGGUUACACAUUUUCUCCAACAGUGAUUUCUCUUAAGAAAGCACUAUAUGAUUCAUGGGUUGGUGGAAGGGAAAUUCUAAAUAACAAAGGUCAAGUUGCUAGGGAAAGAGGUUUGCAAUUGUUCACUGCUACUAAGAUGGUGGCUGCUUAUGAGAGGCUUUUUCUUUGCAUAUCUAGUUUAGAUAAUGAGGAUAAUUUUUGUAAAUACCAUCCAUUAGGUAAUUAAACAAGUUUUCAAUUUCAGAAAGUAGAGGAAAACAUAUGCCAAAAGCAUGUUGUUUAAGACAUCAAUCUACUUUUGAAGUG